AUGAGCUUAAAGUCUUACCAGAAAAACGGGCAUCUUGCUCCACUUCCUCAACCAAGUGUCGAUGAUUGGGAAGAAUGGGAGGAUGCCAGCGUCGCACCUAGCGAUAAUGACGAGCAUGUUCUUGUGCAUCAUCAGCCGCCCCCCAAGCCGCCGUCCCAGUAUCAUCGACCACCCAAGAACCUAUCAGUACGAGUCUCUCGAUAUUCAACCGUCAAAAUUAAGCGCCCCAAAUCACGACACAGGCAAAAGGCCCAGAACGCCAAGGCUGGCAUCAGUGUCGUCACGGAUAUGGCGGCCUUUGGUCGUGAGACGAAACAACCCGACCGAAACGCAACCAAAUUUGUCGAUUCCGCUGCGCUUCGCGCACUUGAAGGCGAUGCCAAUACCGCGCCCGUCGGAAACUGGGACUGGAUAAAGGGCAAUAAUGGACAGAGCACUUCUUCCUCUCCGCAGAUCGAUCAGCACGGUCUGUCUCCAGAUGAUCGCCCUAUCAUGAUCGGCAUUUCGGUACCACCGAGCAAUGCUUCAUCUCAUGACCAGGCCCCGAACCAAGCCAAAUCGAAUGGAAGCAAUCCGUAUGGUGGUAGCAUGAAUAAAGGCGGCCUCGACUUCGGGCUUCACCUCGAAUCCCAGCCAACGUCCUUCUGGUCACCCGACACUCCAGAAACGGUUCUUCCGUUUGCUAAGCCCCGGCCCCCAUCAAGUGUAUAUUCCCAAGCGCCAUCAUCCGAACCUCCAAUACUGACGGAUAUGCCUCCUGUACCGUGUCUUCCCCAGAAAUACAGGGCCAACAACAGACUCAUCAGCCUAGAACUCGGACGUGGUGCAGAGGAUGACGAUGCCAACACCCCCUGCACUCUAUUCGAAGAAGAUGGUACCAGUCCGCGAAAAAUGGUAGCAGGAAAGAAGCAACAGCUCUCCCCAGAGAGAGUCGAUUCACCAUCGCGAGGCUGGUGGGAUCAUGUCGUAACACCGUUCACCGAAAAGCGAAUGAGCUUUAGCAGUCGGUCCUUCAAUGGUUCUCGAGCCGGACCAUCGCCCCUCGAGAUCCGACCAGAAGCUUACCCCGAGGCGCAGGCUGUCUGCCCGUCGAGCGUUUCCAAGCCACCUAUUGUUCGCAUUCCCACUCCGCGGCGGACCCCGUCGUCAGAUUCCUUGGCUGGGGUGUCGCAAACCUCAAACUCUCGAGUCGCACAACACUUAUCUGAAUCACAGCGCGACAGGAAGCACGGGAUCAUGAUGACUGAUGAAGAGACCGUGGCGGAUCACCCACCUCCGUAUUCUCCCCCGAAACGGCCCGAGAAUGGCCCUGUUCGUUAUAGAGCUGUGUUCCCUGCCGGACACCCUUUGCACGCUCAAUUUCCCCCGUCUCCAAACCCGAUAUCGCCCGGGUUGGCAGCGACCAUGACCUCACAAGGUGCUACGCAAAUGGUCGAUCUGGGACACUCUCCAUUAAGAAGCGCCACACCCGCAUCUCAGGCGCAUCUUCCUGCUCGCCCGAUAGGCACCUAUUUGCCACCAGCCCAUGUAAUUGAUGCGACGGGACCGCAGAACCGUGUCGAGAGAACCAGGCGUCGCCACGAGAAAGAGGACAUGGUUGCUCGCCGUGCUGGCGGCUGUUGGCGCGGACGGGGCUGCAUUCCGGCCGGUGGGUGCUAUGGCCGCACUGGAAGAGAAGGCCGCAAAAAGCGCCGCAUCUGUUGUGGCAUCUGGUCCACUAUUAUUGCGCUGCUUAUUCUAAUCAUUGUGCUGUCCGUGGUUCUUACAAGACCUCAUGGCAAGCAUGAGAUGCCCUCCAUAUGGGUCAACUUGACAGACUUCCCACCUAUGCCGACUGGCGUCCUGACUGUAGCCGGAGGGGACAACAUUGCAGCCAAGAGUGUUUGCACGGAGCCCACAACCCUGUGGAGCUGCUCGCUACCAAAGGACGAUCAAAAGUCUGUUGAGCCAUACAAGCCCAACCAGCCGACUGUGAUUAUGCAAAUCCAGUGGGACAACAGCACAAGGCAGUCAUGGAAGGUCCCCAAUGGAGACGCACCCGUUUCCGUCUCGAAAAGAACCACGGGCUUUGUCGCAAGCGCUCGUGCACUGGUCCAAGCCAGGGCUAGUUCUGACUUUGAGCCGAACCCUUCAGCACCCAAGUUCACGGACAUGUGGUUUAUGGGGGAGACGACGGAUGGCAUUGUUUCAAAUGAAAAGGCCGGCGAACCAGCUCCUUUCUACAUAAGCAUACUCAAAUCCAUGAAUGACACGGUGGAAAGCCCAUCACUCCACAGGCGCGACAGCAGCACCACCGUCGGCAAUGUCAGCCUUGCCGACAUUCUGCCUCGUCCUGACCUGACGUCCGACGGCACUCCCGCCCCAGCCGUCAUGCUUCCGAACCCAGUGCAGCAGCCGGUGCGCUUGUACGAUCGUGGCCUCGACACCGAGCACUACGGCUUCUACACGCACUUUCGGCGCACCAUAUUCCUCAAGUCCGUCACGGCCAACAGCACCGAAGACACUAACGUGCCGCUGGACGAGGAUGGCGGGUGUCGCAAGUCGGAGGCGGGCUUUCUGGCGACAUGGGGCGAGACGCGCAUGCUGGUGCGCAUCUGGACUCGCAAGCUGGCGAUCAACACGUCUAGGCUCGUCCAACCGGACGGCUCUGCGGGUAUCGGCGGCGUGGCGGCCUUGCGCCGCCCCGGCACCAUGCCGUGGCCGGUCACAAUCACGCUGGACACCCACGGCGGCAACCCAAAGAAGAAGCUGGUGUGGGAGACGCCAAUGGACGACAGGCAGCGUCUCGCCAUGGACCGUACCAAGCUGCUGGUGAACAAGAUGGGCGAGGGCGGCACUUGGAUCAACCCAAGAGGCACGGGAAACGCAAAGUAUGGCGGCUUUGAUGGCGGCACGGGUGGCUGCAAGUGCGAGUGGGUGAAUUGGGUCUAG